GACAAUGUGAGUAUUGUUAUCUUGGCUAAUAAGUAGAAUUACAGGAUAGUUCUGUUCACUUCUCUCCAACAGAGAACCAGGAAACAAAAUCUUCACACUGUAAAAUGGCAGAAGCUGGUAUUUUGGUGGUUCAGGAUGAGUUAAGCUGUUCAGUCUGCCUGGAUCUCCUUAAGGAUCCAGUGACUAUUCCCUGUGGACACAGUUUCUGUAUGGUGUGUAUUAAGUGCUGGGAUGAGGAGGAUCAGAAGAAGAUCUACAGCUGCCCUAACUGCAGACACACCUUCACCUCAAGACCUGUCGUGAGUAAAAACACCAUGCUGGCUGAGGUGGUGGAGAAACUGAAGAAGACGAGACUCCAGGCUGCUCCUCCUGAUCACUCUUCUGCUGAUCCUGAAGAUGUGGAGUGUGAUUCCUGUACUGGGAGAAAACGCAAAUCCGUCCAGUCCUGCCUGGUGUGUCUGGCCUCUUACUGUGAAGCUCACCUCCAGCCUCACUACCAAUCUCCAGCCUUUAAGAAGCACAAGCUGGUCAAAGCCUCCAGACGACUCCAGGAGCAGAUCUGCUCUGAGCACGAUAAACUGCUGGAGGUUUACUGUCGCACCGACCAGCAGUGUAUCUGCAUGCUGUGUACCAUGGAUGACCAUAGAGGACAUGAUACAGUGUCACUUGCAGCAGAAAGAUCUGAGAAACAGAAGCAGGUGGUGGAAACACAGAGGAAAUACAAGGAGAGACUCCAGGAGAGAGAGAAGGAGCUUCAGGAGUUAAUAGAAGCUGUGGAGAAUCACAAGCGCUCUGCUCAGACAGCAGUGAAGGACAGUGAGAAGAUCUUCACUGAGAUGAUCCUCUCCAUUGAGAGAAGACGCUCUGAGGUGAGGCAGAUGAUCAGAGAUCAGGAGAAAGCUGCAGUGAGUCGAGCUGAAGAACGUCUGAAGAGACUGGAGCAGGAGAUCACAGAGCUGAAGAGGAGAGAUGCUGAUCUGGAGAAGAUUUCAUUCACAGAGGAUCACAUCCAUUUCCUCCAGAGUUUUCAGACUCUCUCAGCUCCUCCUGGAUCUUCAGCAUCACCUGCUUUUACUCUCAGUCCUCUCAACACUUUUGAAGUUGUUAUGAAGUCUGUUUCUCAGCUGAGAGUAAAACUAGACGAAUUCUGGAAAGAGGAAAUUGAGAAGACAUCAGCUGCAGUGAAGGAAGUGCAGAUCAUUCCUGAACCCCAAAGCAGAGAAGAGUUUCUGGAGUAUUCCUGUCAGCUCACACUGGAUCCAAACACAGCCUUUAAACACCUCUUCCUGUCUGAGAGGAACACAGUGGUGACCUGCAGCUACACAGUCCAGCCAUAUCCUGACCAUCCAGACAGAUUUGAUGGAUGGCCUCAGGUUCUGUGUAGAGAGAGUGUGAGUGGACGCUGCUACUGGGAGGUUGAGUGGAGAGGAGAUGGAGGGGUUGGUAUAGCAGUGUCUUAUAAAAGCAUCUCCAGGAAGGGAGGCUGGGAGUGUAGGUUUGGAUGUAAGAAUGAUCAGUCUUGGAGAUUGUCCUGUAAUUCCUCCAGUUACACAUUCAGAUACAAUAACAGAGAAACUGAAAUCUCCGGAGUGCCCGUCUCCUGUAGAGUAGGAGUGUAUGUGGAUCACAGGGCAGGAACUCUGUCCUUCUACAGCAUCUCUGAUACCAUGACCCUCAUCCAGCGAGUCCAGACCACCUUCACUCAGCCGCUCUACGCUGGGUUUAGGUUAAACCCUCACUCAUCAGUAAAUCUUUUACUUUCAGCAAAAUAGAUGAACAUGCAGAACAAAGGGAAGAGCUGGAUGAGAUCAGAUAAGAACUGCAGAAUCUAGACUGUAGAGCUGAUCAAAUAAAGUUAUAAUAGUGCUGGGAGAUAUUGUUAAUAUAAAUAAUCAUAAUUCUGAACGGUAAUUACGUCUGUCCCAGAUUAGAACUGCAGGUACAUUUCCUGUAUGGAAAGAUUUAUUCAGAUUUAGCGUUAAAUAGUUUAAACUGUUUAUAUCAUUAACAGAGCUCACAGUAACAGAGUUCAUAUUUUAAACUUCAUAUUACAGAAUUUUA